AAUUGGGCUAAAUAAAACUAGUCGCUUUAAGCAAUGUCCACUUUUAUCGGUUAAACGUGACGUUUAUGCCCAAGGUCGCCUCGUCCUCCGUGGACGAACGCGUCUCCGUGCGAGUUUUCUCUCGGAGGAAAGGAUUUUCACGUUUCCACCGAAACUCUUCCGCUACUUCGGCCCACCCUAUACGUGGCAUCUCGAUGCGAGGCUCCUCGACGCGAGGCGCCGAUAUCGACCGGGCCCACCGCGAUGGCGCGAACCUGCGCACUUACUCCGGUCCAGUCUCCGAACGUCCGCCGAUCCGCAAGAUCCCUGUCCAAGAAAAUCUCACCUUAUCUCCGUCGGGCGCUUCGCAUCGCGAACUCCGCUAGAGCGAUGGCGAAAUGUUGCAUUUCCGUCGCAGAUGUCUGAGCAAAGUCCGGAAAUGAGGGAAACCGCAGCCAGGAUAUGUCGCGAUUAUUUGCACGGGGUUUGGAAGCACGUUACCGCGGACAACAUCAUCCUCAAGCGCAUCAGCGGAGGCUUGAGCAACUGGCUGUACAAUGUGCAGCUACCGGAAGGCACGGUGCCCAUCCGAGGGGAGCCCCGACAGGUGUUGCUGCGAAUAUACGGCCAGGUGCACGGAGAAAGAGCCCUGGAGGGUCUCAUCACGGAGUCCGUCAUCUUCACCCUCCUGUCGGAGAGGCGACUCGGUCCUAAACUCCACGGGAUCUUUCCCGGGGGUAGGAUAGAGGAGUACAUCCCGGCGAGACCACUGCUCACCAAGGAACUCGCCGACCCGGUUCUCAGCUCGAUGAUCGCCGAAAAAAUGGCCCAGAUACACUCGAUGCAGGUGCCCAUCAGUAAAGAACCCACGUGGCUCUGGAACACCAUGGCCAAGUGGCUGGACACCACCACCAACAUCCUGGAGAACGUUGAGAACUUGGACCCGCGACAGGCGGAGAACGCGAACGUGCUCAAGUCGAUCGAUUUGGUGCACGAGAUAUCCUGGUUUAAAUCGUUCGUGAAACAGCAGAAGCAUCCCGUGGUCUUCUGCCACAACGACAUGCAGGAGGGCAACAUCCUGCUGCGCCAGAACACGAGGAAGUCCGAACUUGUGCUGAUCGACUUCGAGUACUGUUCCUACAAUUACCGAGGGUUCGACGUGGCGAAUCACUUCGUCGAGUGGCAGUACGACUACACCGAGGCCGAGUACCCCUUCUACAGGGAGCGAGGAGACGCGGGCCCUUCGAAGGAACAAAAGCUCACCUUCAUUAAGAGCUACUUGAAGACCAUGGGCAAACAGGGACCGGCAGAAGAGCAGCGCAUGUUGGCGGAAAUCAAAAUGUUCUCCUUGGCCAGUCACUUGUUUUGGGGUCUUUGGAGUAUUGUCAACGCUAAAUUAUCGCAGAUCCCCUUCGGAUACUGGGAUUAUGCGGUAUCCAGACUAAAGAACUACCAGUACUUGAAGGAGAAGAUCCUGGUGUCUGGGCCGAUUUUCCCAGAUGGCGGGGUCAAAAGAAAAACCACACAGACUGACUGAGAAAAAAGUAAUGUCGAUCACGAGCCCGAUUAUCGAACUCCUUAAAGGGGCGAAAUCUGCCCCGAUGGUAUUCGACAACCGAAGUAGUCAACGGAGAGUAGACACGGAAGUGAUCUUGAAAUGAGCAACUAUGUGAUAUCCCGCCAUUGUAGAGGAACAAAGAUGCGAAGUGACGAAUUCGAAUUUUCCACCGAUUCUGCAGGGAACGAAUGGUGAAGAGGAAUUGACCUCGGAGACGUAGAAUAAAAGGAGAAAAGAUGUACAAGUCUAAGCACCUCGACGGCAACGCGUCACGAGGUGUGGUAUACGAGUUGUAUCGUGAAAAACGUGAGAAGAAAGACGUCGACUAAGAGAAAGUCAUCGACAUUGAAGAUGAGCAAACGCAGUAGCAGUUGAAAAUAUAUUUCUUUCCAAUAGAAAUCAUACUUUUGCACCUGGCUUGGUAUACUAUUGUGCACCGUGUACUGCGAAAAAAUAAGUCUUACUAUGAGUACUUAACCAAGACGUUGAGAGAGAGAGAGAGAGAGUGAAGCUGUAUCUUUAAGGAUGGUCCUAUUUAAGUAAGCGAUUGUUAUGCGAAUUUUAGCGAUUAGUUAAGUCAAAGAAAGGAAUUUAGGACGUAACUUUCUGUUCCCAUCGUGUCAAAUAGUACGUAUCGAGGAAGGAAGAGAUGUGAAACGGUGGACUUUUCCCUUUGAUACCGUUCUUGGGUUUUGCAAAGGAAUGGAUCAGUUAUGAUCAUAAAUGUUAUUUAUUUUAUACAUGUCAUGUGUCAGGAAGAGUUAUCGUAUCGUCGACUGUUUUCGAUCACCCAACGCUUCAUCUCGUAGCGUCUGCGAAUAAUUGAUUAGUAUUUAAUUUUAUUUACAUUCACAGAGACAAGUGAGUUAUCAUUCGUCUGUAUUUCACCAAUUGUUAACGAACGCUCCAGGAUUAUUUUGUGGUAGCAACACGGAAAAAUGAAUUUUCGAUGUCUUCUUUUUUUUUUUGCUGCGCUGUAUUUGACAACGAGGAUGAUACAGUUUUUACAAGAGUCUGCGACAAAUGACAGUCAAGCAUGAAGUUAACCAGAUAUUUGACUUAUUGUUAUAGAAAACUGCAAUAUUUAAGCUACUCUAUUUAAAGGAGACAUUGCUCUAAAUUCAUUUAUCACAGGCAGAACACACUCAUAAUUGUCGGUAUUAAAAUUAAUAGUUCUUAACCUCUGUUAAGUGAAAUGGACUAUUUUUUAGAGAUUCGCAUGCAGUUCAUUUAUGAUACUUCACAUCCAAUGAAUCUUUAUUGUGUAAAAAAAUUAAAAAAUACAUUUUUACUAAUAUUGAAUAAAAAAAACUGAUUUUCUUUUAUUGUAAAAACUUUCUACAUCAAGGCAACGCAUGAAACCACAAUACAGCAUAGUUUGCCGAGCAUUCCUUCAAAAAAAAAGGUAAGCUAUGCUGUGAGCAUUAUUCUUCACGUGUUAAUAAUUUUAACUUAACAAUCUGAACUGUAUUUUAUAAUCGUCUGUAAAAUUAUGUCGCUGAGGCCAAAAAUAAUAAUUACGCGAUUAAUCUCUA